AUGGGCACCAAGCUGUCGGUCUCGUUAGAAGGGGCCCUGUCUCCGGAAACGGCCCCGCGAACCGAUCGGCCGCCCACCUUCGACCCGCAAGCGGGUUUCGAGCGCCCGCGAAAGGAACGUGUGAUGAAGGCCACUUGGGAAGAGAUGGAGCAGUUCCGGUUGAAGCCCGGGCAACGGGACUAUUGUGCGCAUCACUUGAUCGACCUCAUGAAGUGUCAGACGAAAAACGCUCCAUUCGCCGGCCACGCUUGUGACGACCAACGUGGUGCCUGGGACAAGUGCGAAUACGACGAUCAUUUGAUGCGAAUCAAGGAGUAUGAGCGCGAACGGCGUCUUCUUCACCGGCAGCAGCGCAAGGAACACGCC